GGUUCGGUUCGGCUCCGGCCUGGCCAUGACCUCCCGCAGGUGGUUUCAUCCCAACAUCAGUGGAAUCGAGGCCGAGAAGCUGCUGCUGACCAGGGGGGUCCAUGGCAGCUUUCUGGCUCGGCCCAGUAAGAGCAACCCGGGAGACUUCACGCUCUCUGUCAGGAGGAAUGACGAGGUUACGCACAUUAAGAUCCAGAACACGGGCGACUACUACGACUUGUACGGCGGGGAGAAGUUCGCCACGCUGGCAGAGCUGGUGCAGUACUACACGGAGCAGCAGGGCCUGCUCAGGGAGAAGAACAGCAACGUCAUCGAGCUCAAAUACCCUCUGAACUGCCAGRAUCCCACCUCGGAAAGGUGGUACCAUGGGCAUCUCACAGGCAAGGAAGCGGAGAAGCUCCUGACGGAGAAGGGAAAACCAGGUAGCUUCCUCGUGCGGGAGAGUCAGAGCAAACCGGGAGACUUUGUCUUGUCGGUGCUGACAAAUGAGGACAAGACGGAGAGCGGGGAUCGGAAGCCGCAUGUGACCCACGUGAUGAUCCACUACCAGCCAGACGGGAAGUACGACGUGGGAGGAGGAGAGAGGUUCGACACGCUCACAGACCUGGUGGAGCACUACAAGAAAAACCCCAUGGUGGAGAAAUCUGGAGCUGUGGUUCAUCUGAAGCAGCCAUUCAACGCGACGCGCAUUAACGCAGCCAAUAUUGAGAACAGAGUGAAGGAGCUGAACAAAAUGGCAGAUCACAGCGAGAAGGCCAAGCAGGGGUUCUGGGAAGAGUUUGAGAUGCUCCAGCAGCAGGAGUGCAAGCUCCUCUACCCCAGGAAGGAGGGACAACGGCCAGAGAACAAGGCAAAAAAUCGCUACAAGAACAUCCUUCCCUUUGACACCACGCGGGUGGCGCUCCGAGACGUCGAUGAGAGCGUGCCUGGCUCCGACUACAUCAACGCCAACUACAUCAAGGGCAUCCCUGAAGACGGGAGGAACUCAGAGCACUGCAAGGUCUAUAUAGCCACCCAGGGCUGCCUGCAGACAACAGUGAAUGACUUCUGGGCCAUGGUGUAUCAGGAGAACAGCCACGUCAUCGUCAUGACCACCAAAGAAGUGGAGCGGGGCAGGAACAAGUGUUUCCGCUACUGGCCGGACAAGAGCAGCACCAAGGAGUACGGGUGCAUCUGCGUGCGCAACGCGGGCGAGCGCGAGGCGCAGGGCUACUACCUGCGCGAGCUGGAGAUCGCGCGCACCGACCGGGACGAGUGUCCCCGGCUGGUGAAGCAUUACCAGUACUUCAGCUGGCCCGACCACGGCGUGCCCAACGAGCCAGGAGGCGUCUUGAGCUUUCUGGAUCAGGUGAAUCGAGCGCAGCGAAGCAUCCCCGACACGGGGCCCAUCAUAGUGCACUGCAGUGCCGGAAUAGGACGCACAGGCACCAUCAUAGUAAUAGAUAUUCUGGUGGAUAUUAUACAUAGGCAAGGUUUAGACUGCGACAUCGACAUCCCCAAGACCAUCCAGAUGGUCCGGCGGCAGCGUUCGGGCAUGGUGCAGACAGAGGCGCAGUACAAGUUCGUUUACAUGGCAGUUCAGCAGUACAUCGAGGCCGAGCAGAAGAGGCUGGAAGAAGAGCAGAGGAGCAAAAGGAAGGAGCGAGACUACUUGAAUAUUGGAUAUUCUCCUGUGGAAAAAGGCAGAGCCAAAGGGCAGCCCCCUUCGCCCAGAGCCCAGCCUGCGGUUGAUGAUGAGUCAGCUUCCGUGUACGAGAACCUGAACAUCAAAAGCCCGAAGGUUUCGGGGAUGAGUAACACGGGGCGAUAAAGGAGCCGGAGGUGAGCUGUGCGGAGCCUGUACAGUGCAGGAUUUACAGUGUUUACAUCCACCCUUUCCAAGUUCUGCCACUGUGGACAAUAUAUAAUUUUCCUGCCUAUCUUGCCUUCUCCAAGCACCUUGGACUCAAUGAGGAAGGAAGAAGCUGACUGCAUCCGAAUGAAAUGGAGCCUAUGCCUUAAGAACACGCCUCGCGCCAACGUAGUCGUGAGACAGAACUUACCCCGUCCUCCCCUGGUUUCCUGGGUUGAUAUUUAUAUGGAAGUGCCUCUGGACAUUCAUCGAGAUUCAAUUUUAAUUUUUUUUUUUAAUUUAAGAUUCUUAUUUUUUACAUGGGAUGGAAAUGAUUAUUUGCUUAGGAGCGUUCCCAGGGUCGCCCGCUGAGGGUGAAGUGUCAGUCCACUUGAAUGUUUCUUUAGGUCAAUCAUUUCUAAGCUAGGAGUAUUUUUAGACUAAAUCCUGGAUAAUUUUGCUGCCAGUGAAAGAAACAGAGAGUCUUGGCUGGGCCCAGCUAUUGCACUUCUGAUUCUUCUCCUUCUCCACGCUUUCUUUUGGCUGUACCAGCUCUAGCUUUCUAUGCAACCUUUCCAAAGUGCCCAAGUGUGCAAUAGUGUGCGUGUGUGCCCCAGAGAUUGUUGGAUUCAUGGCAGGACUGAGCASAUGUGGGUCUGAAAGCCCUUUUUGAAGGUGCCUGAGGAGCAGGAAAGCAGCUUGGGUUGUGUGCUGUGYGUAGCCGCCUCUAGCAAGUCCUGCACGCCCGGCUUCUGGGCUGAGCUGAAGUUUUUGAACUAGAUCCCUCUACCUUUGGUAGGUUUGAUCUCGCCUUGCUGCAUGGCCUUUUCCCCCCCGCCCUGCAACUGUUUGACAAGACAAGCACUGGGGCUGCACAGGGGUCCUGUAGACACUCGUGAUGUGACCAGUGCCAUGAAGAUGAGCGCCUCGCGGAGUGGAAACUUCCACUUCUGUUGGUAAUUCUUGACUUCAGACCAGCAGCUUCCUGCUCUUCCAGCCUUCAGGCCUGCAGCCAACGUUGCCCAGGAGCGGCCUUUCUGCAGGAUUUGUGGGUUUCGGGAAGGGGAACGUUGGGUCUGAGUUUUGGUGYCCAGAGCACGUGGGGGAUCGUGUUAAAGUCCCUCGGGUCUCUGGCAGGCCAUGGUAAGGGGCAAUGGUGCCCACAGUGCUGAGCAGAAGGGAUGCAACCAAAAGCACAACGAGGAACCUUGGCUGUAUUUCCUGUCAUUUGUCACAGGGACAGGAAACUGUUUAUUUUUAUUGCACUUUUAAUAAAUGUUAAAUGUUCUGCAGGCUUUUUUCCUUUCUUUUCAAGUAGUUUGCUCAUUGGGAAAGUGACAGGCAGAGAGCAGAUGGGCAUCCUGAAUGUCUCCCGUCCCUAGACGGGGUUGUUCAAGGCCCUGCUUUCUUUUACCUUUUAUCUUCCUUAGGCCUAAGCACAAGUGAGGGGUUCAGCUGCAGAAUGGAUAAAYUCCCAAGCUUUUGCAAGCACCAGAGUCACAAGAGAGAGUGCAGAAGCCAACCCCUUGWGUAGAUGCUUUAAUAGACUCCUAGGAACAGCCCC